AUGCCUGUCAAUUUUCCAGUAAAAACCGAUGACGAUAUUGAUGAUUUAAAUGCUCCUUAUAAUGAACUUGAAGCAUUUAAUUCAAUAGUAGAUGCAUUACAAUGGAGACAUAUACGAAAACGAGUACCUAUAUGCUUUAAAAGAACAUUACAUAAUCGAUAUAUGAUAGCUAAUUUAGUUUAUUUGGGAUAUACAAUAACACUUUUGAUUCUUGAUUUUCAUCCUGAUUUCAAUCCAACAUCUUCAGAUAUUUCAAUCACUGUAAAUGCAACAUCUGAUGAAACAACUGAAGUAAUAUCCAUCCUUGAUCAACCAGUGAUAAUGAAUAACUAUGUUAAUCGAAUCUAUAUUGGUCUAGCUAUAUGGAAUAUUUUAGUAGCUUUUCUCUAUAUUAUUGCAUGGCGUGGUCGAUCAUGGUUUGAUGUUGUUCUGAUACCAGAAUAUUUAAAUCAUGUUCAAGCUGGUCUUUAUCUUUGGUCAGCAUUAUGGUAUUCGAAACAGGAUACUCUUGGUGGUUAUUAUACAAUGGCCGUACAUCGUAUCGAACUAAGUGCAUCAUGUGUUGAAGUGUGUGCUGCAGUUGGAUGGAUGGUCUCAUGGUAUAUGACAUAUACACGUGCGUUAGGACGAGGUUUUACUCUUGAUGAUCCUGAUACAAUGGGUUAUUUAACAACAACAUCUAAUACACUUAUAUAUCUUGUGUAUAAUAUUCAAAUAAAUAUUCAUCCUGAACAGUAUGGAAUUAAUCAAAUUUUCACUUAUGGAGAUAUUCUUGGUUUUAUUGGAUCUGUUUAUUAUAUAUUUGGUACUUUACGUGAUGAAAAUUGGUUUUGGUUUUUACCUGUUGCUGGACAAUAUGGUAUUGCAGCAGGUAGAAUUCAUACAGUAACGAGAAUUUUACCAAAAUUCGGACAUCCUGAUAUUCUUAUUACUGAUAUGUGCAGACGUCAAAAAGUUAGAAUAGAAGAUGAUAAACAUUAUAAUAAUAAUAAUAUAAAUAUAGAUAUAAUAACAUCAUAUUUUUAA